UAAAUAGAAGUUAACCUUUCUUAUCUCUUUGGUCUGGAUAAAAUUAAAUUAAAUAUAUCUACCUUUAUUUGACGAUUCAAGUGUUCCAGAUUUGAGAAAAUAUUAUAAAAUGGGAACAGUUCUAAAUGCUGGUAUUUUACUUGUCUUCAUUUUAGCAGGUUUUGCUGAUAGUGCUCAAAAAUGCCAUGGUAGCCCGAGAACUUAUCAUGGCAAACCUUGCGCUUCAACUACAUGGUUUCAUGAUGGCCGCCAGGGGGCAUGUGGUUGUGGAUUCGACGGUAGUGACAAGCAAUUUGAUUGGAGCGCGUCUAAAUACACAGCAGCAGCCAAUCAGCAUUUCUUUGACAAAAAUAAUAAGCAAUGGUGCGGCCAAAGUUGCGGAGUUUGCGUUAAUUUGACAACAACAGGGGGUUCUGCACCAGGGGGCGUAUCAACUACAGAGGGACUGUCGCAUGUAUUCAUGGUUGUUGACCUUUGUCCCAAUGAAUCUCCAAAUCUUGAAUGGUGUUCUCAGACCGUUAAUCAUCCAGUCAACAAGUAUGGUUAUGACGCUCAUUUUGACCUCGAGAAUGGUGUCCACCAGAUAACCAAUGGUCUGAACUGGGACAACGUGGAAGUGACGUAUGAAAUAGUCGACUGUUCGCACGCGCACACAAUCGAGCACAUGACACCCAGUAACAGCAAUUAUCACCAAUGCGAAUGCUACAAACUUCACCAUGGAAAAUAAAUGACAAGUCAAAUUAUUGUAUUGAAAUAUUAAAACCUCAUUUAUAAGGCA